UUCAAACUUUUGAAUAUAAAAAAUGAAAACUUUAUAUUUAAUUCCGAGUUGCCUAAGACUACGCUGAAACAGAGCAAAGAAGAAAAACAGAGCUAAUCCAAUGCAUCGAAGACUAUCCUCCUCUGUUCUCACCACCAUCACAUCCCGACAUCAUUACCACACAUCUCAACCCGCCAAACCCACAAAGAAACCAAACAGCCACGAACCAAAAACAACAACUCACAAGCCCACAAGCAGGAAGCCAUGGGAAGAAAUACCAUUCCUCACCGAUCUCAAACAAACCGAAGAAACAGAGGAAGCUCUGUCUCUCUUCCACCACUACCAGAAAACGGGUUUCAAACACGACUACCCAUCUUACUCCUCACUCAUCUACAAACUCGCCAAGUCACGUGACUUCCACGCCGUCGAACAAAUCCUCAGCCUCCUCCGCCACCGUAACGUCAGAUGCAGAGAAUCCCUCUUCAUGGCGUUGAUUCAGCAUCACGGAAAAGCCAAUUCGGUUGAUAAAGCCGUCGACUUGUUCAUUAAAAUGACGUCGUUUGAUUGCGUUCGUACGAUUCAGUCUUUGAACACUCUAAUCAACGUUCUUGUGGAUAACAACGAAUUGGAAAAAGCUAAAACCUUUGUGGACGGAGCUAAAGAUAUGGGUUUGUGUCCGAACUCUGUUUCGUUUAAUGUGUUGAUUAAAGGUUUUUUAGAGAAAUGUGAUUGGGAAGGUGCACGCGAGGUGUUCGAUGAAAUGCUUGAGAGAGAAGUGCAGCCGACGGUUGUGACUUAUAAUAGCUUGAUUGGGUUCUUGUGUAGGAGUAACGAUGUGGGUAAGGCGAAAAGUUUGCUUGAGGAUAUGAUGGUGAAGAGGAUACGUCCCAAUCAUGUGACGUUUGGGUUGUUGAUGAAGGGUUUGUGUUGUGAAGGAGAGUACAAUGAAGCGAAGAAGUUGAUGUUUGAUAUGGAGUAUCGUGGGUGUAAACCAGGGUUAGUUAACUACGGGGUUUUGAUGAGUGAUCUUGGAAAGAGAGGGAAGAUUGAUGAGGCAAAGAUUUUACUAAGUGAGAUGAAGAAAAGGAGGAUAAAACCAGAUGUUGUGAUUUACAACAUUUUAGUUAAUCAUCUUUGUAGUGAAGGUAGAGUCCCUGAGGCUUACAGAACGUUGAUGGAGAUGCAGAUGAAAGGUUGUAAGCCUAACGCAGCUACGUACCGUAUGAUGGUUGAUGGGUUUUGUCGUGUUGGGGAUUUUGAUUCUGCGUUGAGUAUUUUGAAUGCUAUGCUUGCGAGUAGACACUCUCCCACGCCUGCAACGUUUGUUUGUUUGGUUGAUGGGUUGAUAAGAGGAGGUAACUUGGAUCAUGCUUGCUUUGUGUUAGAGGUUAUGGGAAAGAAAAAUUUAAGCUUUGGAUCUGGUGCUUGGGGAAAUUUAGUUAGUGGUCUCUGUAUCAAGGAUGAUGGAGGAGGUUGUUUUGAGGCUUUGUCAGAAGUUAUUUCUACCUAAGCAGUGAGUGACCUCUUAAAGGUGAGAUUAUUUCAUAUUUGUUUAUUCCUGAGUUCAAAUGAAAUAGAGUGGAUAGGUUUAAUGUCAUUUUGAUUCAAGAAAAAAAAAUAUU